GAAACUGAAGCAUCAAGAGCACAGCUUUGCGAAGGUGUAUUUUUUGAAAGAGAGCAUACGCAUUCAGUUUCAAACAGAGCUUCUGCGCUUGGUGGAGCGAGUUGAAGAGAUAAGUAUGCGUGGGCCGUUGUAGUCUUUCGUCCGACACGACGCCGGGCGACGUCUCCCGAACAAGUAGCACUGCUGCAGAGUGCAACGGUGAGGAAGGAGAACUUGCGCCUCCUUUUCGAGGCUGCUUCCCAGCCUCGUGAAAGAUAGAAGCUGCUACGCCAGCCGGGAACAGACCGCGAAGAUGUCCUCUCCAUCCUUGCUUCCGGAGGCCCACGACCCCGUCAACAUUGGUCCCGCCAGCCCCUCUCCCUCCCCGGACGCCAGCCAAGCCAGCGCGUCGCCCGACCAGCAUCGUUUACUGCAAGACGAUGUUGACAAUGGUUCGCCCAAAGAAAACCCAGACCAGCUGCAUCUUCUUGUCGACAGCAGCGAGUCGGAGACCUCCAGCGUCGACCAAAGUUCGUGCAAGGCCUCUCCGUUGCGGCACCGCGGCGACAGCUCGUCCAGCGGGGGUAGUAGUAGCUCGGCUGGGCGCGGGCGAGCAGGUAAAGGGAACAAAAACUUCUGGUACGACAAGUACCGAAAAAAUUGGAAGUGUCUGCUCGGUACAGGCUGUGUGAUCGCCCUUGUUUCCUUUCUCCUGGGUUACGUAGUGCGCGACACGGUCGUGUUCCGAUGGCUGUUCUUCAACAGCGGCAGCAGCGCGGAUGCGCAUAACCCCCGGACGAGAGCAGGACCGGUUUUACCAUCCUCCGUCUCCGCGCCGCAACUCGCCUCUGCUGGCCAACAGAGCAUGCACGAUCGCGAAUUUAUCCUGCUGCACAGUUCCCUGCAAGAGUCUUCCAACAGCUCGUCGCAUGGUGGGUUUGGCCUGCACAGCCGGGGGGACGACGCUGAGGCGAGCAGCGGCCUUACCAGACGAGGCUCUCGCGGCCGUGCCGAGGAACGCGCAGAGGAUGAGGACAGCAGCGAUGCAGCUCCCUUGUUCCACCGGGGGCUGCAACUGGACCAAAAGAUGACCGAGCAGGGGGCCCCGCCCGGAUCCACCCUUCCCGCGGAGCCGGCGGGUGGUGCUACCUCGCCUCACGGUCGCGUGGAGCGAAUGCGUGCGGCGGACUGGGGUGAACACGGUAGUAAAAGCGAGGCUGAGUUGCUGGCACGUGGUCAACAUCUUUCCACCGACGAUGGUCUUGAAGCUGAGGUAAUUCUGCCCACAAAUUAUAACCGUGUCGAGACCGUCGAGCAGAAGCGGUUCGGCGUUCCAACCAGCGGAGGUGGCGGCUCGGAGCUGGUGGCACCAGGUCCCAGCACUACGGACCACACGACAUCUUCUUCACCCGCAGCUGCGACGACCGCGGCAAGCGGAACUACAAAUGCAGGCACUAGUAGCCCUUCUACGCCGCCGGCUGCGGACCACCACCACCACCAACAACCGCGUCGUAUUCCCCCCCUUCCGCGCGGCGACCACCGAAAUUCGAGCAAAGAAAAGCAC